AUGAAGUCCUCCGCCGUCAUCGCAACGGCGACCCUGGCCGCCGCGCCCUUCGCUGCCGCGGGCCUUCUCCCCAAGCGCGUCGAGAAUGCUACGUGCCGCUCCCUCCCCGGCGAUGUCAGCUGGCCCGCCACGACGGCUUGGGAUACCCUUAACACCACCGUCAGCGGCAAGCUCAUCGCCACUGUGCCCAUUGGCUCCGUGUGCCACGACCCCAACUACGACGAGGCUGCCUGCACGGCGCUGCAAAACUCGUGGACUCUUCCCGAGACUCACUUCCCCUCCUCCUCUUCCGUGAUGCAGAGCUACUUCGCCAACCAGUCCUGCGACCCCUUCACGGAUCGCACGCUUCCGUGUCUGCUCGGAAACUACGUCAACUAUGCUGUCGAGGUGACAUCUGCCCAAGAUGUUGUCGAGACCAUCAACUUUGCGCGGGAGAACAACAUCAGAUUCCUCGUCCGCAACACGGGUCAUGACCAUCUUGGCCGCUCAACCGGUGCCGGAGCCCUCGCGGCAUGGACCCACAAACUCAAGGAGAUCACCGUGACCACUUGGUCCGAUGACCUCUGGUCCGGCCCCGCAAUCAAGAUGGGCGCCGGCGUUCUCGGCUAUGAACUCACCGAGGCCGGCAAGACCGCCGGCCUCGUCGUCGUCGGCGGCGAAUGUCCCACCGUCGGUCCCGCCGGAGGCUACAUCCAGGGCGGUGGCCACUCGGCCCUCACUACCAACUUUGGUAUGGCCGCCGACCAGGCGCUCGAGUACGAGGUCGUCACCGCCGACGGCAAGAUCGUCACCGCCUCCCGCACGGAGAACGCGGACCUCUUCUGGGCCCUCAGUGGCGGCGGCCCCGGAACCUUCGGCGUCGUUACCGCCGUCACCGUCCGCGCAUACCCCGACGCCACCAUCGGCGGCGUUGGUCUCCAGACUGCUGCUUCGUACACCACCCAAGAGAAGUGGUGGCAGAUGCUCGACGCCUUCCACUCCCUCCUCCCCGGCAUGACCGACCAGGGCGCCAUGGUCGUCUUCCUCUAUAGCAGCAGCGUCUUCGCCAUCAACCCUCUCACGGCCUACAACAAGACGGCCGAGGAGGCAAAGACCAUCCUCCAGCCCUUCCUCGACGUCCUCGCCAACCUCUCCAUCCCCUACUCUUCCGCCGCCACAAACUACUCGAGCUACCGCGACCACUACGACAAGUGGAUGGGUCCCCUCCCCUACGGCCACGUCGAGGUCGAGUCCUACAACUUUGGCUCCCGCCUCGUGCCCCGCUCCGUCCUAACAGACACCACCGCCCGCGCGGCCUACGUCUCAGCCAUCCGCUACGGCGCCGACAACCACGGUGUCCUCUCCGCCGGCGUGGCCCUCAACGCCACGGCGCCCGCGGGCGUCGACAACGCCGUGAACCCGCACUUCCGCAAGGCUGCCAUCCACGUGCAGUACUCGACGGCGUGGAGCAACGACCCGGCCGACUGGGAGCAGAUGAAGGCGGACCAGAAGACCAUGACGGAAGAAAUCAUCCCGCCCAUCGAGGCCGCGACGCCCGGGUCCGGAAACUACGUCAACGAGGCCGACUUCAACAUCCCCGACUGGAAGGAGAAGUUCUUUGGCGGCAACUAUGACAAGUUGCUCACCAUCAAGACCAAGUGGGACCCCUCGGGCGUGUUUUACGCGCUCAAGACGGUCGGUAGCGACAAGUGGAAUGUUGCUGCUGAUGGCCGCAUGUGCCGUGCGUGA